AUGUCUCGCCUUCCACCUCUAGGAGCCUUGCUCCUGCCUCUCACGGCACUACUCGCCCAACCUGCACUCGCUGCGAAUCCGUACACUAGCUCUAUGAGCGAAACACCGAAAGACAACAAUGCAGACUGUGAUUGCUAUGUCGUGCAAUCCGGCAAAGACUCAAAUACACCAGAGUCCUUCCAGUAUUACCGAUUCUACGACUUCCGAAACCUCCCGGGCGCGAUGAGCGAAUCGCCGCCGCUACUCAACGAUACAGACAACGCGGGCUUGGCGUCGACAUGGCAGCCGGAUCUCUUCAACAGCGAUGCGUGGAACUACGACUGGGGGAUCCAGAACUGGAGCAAACCGUCCACCGAAGACUUCCCCACACCAAUGAACAACUCCUUCGCAAACAUCUUCCUAGGCCAAGAGGACUCGACGUCCUACCUCGCACUCCGCACGUCGCGCAUGGACGACUACCAGACAUCUGGCGAGAUUGAGAACGAGCAAAAAAACCUCAUGCACGUCUCCAUGCGCAUGUACGGUCGUGUUCAAGGAGCCAAGGGAGCCGUAGCAGGAUUCUUCACCUUCUACGACGACGACAACGAAUCCGAUAUCGAGAUCCUGACCGACGACCCCAAAGACCAGAUCCGCUACACAAACCAGCCCUCAGUAGGCAAGGACGGCAAUGAAGUGGCUGCCGCUUCUGUGGGCCCUACCGAUCUUCCACGUUGGGACGACUGGCAAACACAUCGUAUUGACUGGCUGCCCAAGAACAGCUACUGGUACCUCAACCAGAAGCAAGUCGCCGCCAACACAUACUCUGUACCCCGCGAGCAGAGUUUCAUGGUCCUGAACAUGUGGAGCGAUGGUGGAGAGUGGAGUGGCGAUAUGGAAGUGGGCGAUAAUGCCGAGUUCCAUAUUCAGUGGAUCGAAAUGACGUUCAAUACCAGUGGACCGUACACUGGUAAGCCUCAGGAGGAUAAGAGAGAUACGACGAGUUUGUUUGGAAGAAAGAGGUCGGAGAAGAAAUGCAAAACCGUCUGCAAAAUCGAUGACGUGAAAGAAGUCGGUACACCGGAGGUUGUUGAAAGCGGUGCCAUGGGCAUGAGCGUUUCUUGGGGUCUGUUGGCUGUCGUUGGUCUUGUGUCCGUUGUAGUCGGAUUUUAG